AUGGCCACUCCCCAUGUUUCUCUGACACAGUCUCUCGCUGUCUUCCCCAAAACCUUAAACCCCUCGAAACUUUUGGAGCUCUCAAAUUUAGACAGGCAGUGUCCUUUACAUAUGUACCUUAUUUUCUUCUACAAUCCUUCUUCUAUUUACACUAACUCAUCACUUGAUUCAGUGUUCACCAAACUGAAGAUUGGUCUAGAAGAAACGUUGUCGGUCUGGUCCCCGGCGGCUGGUCGGUUGGAGCCGAACCCGGCGGAUGGCAAGCUGAACCUCCGGUGUGACAACCGCGGUGCGAUUCUAGCUCAGGCGGUCACGGAUGUGAAGAUAUCAGAACUUGGGGAUCUCUCAAAUUAUAAUGAGUUCUUUGAGGAGUUGGUUCAUAAACCUGCUUUGGAUGGGGAUUUUUGUGAGUUCCCUUUGGUUGUGGCUCAGGUGACAAGAUUUGGGUGUGGAGGAUACUCCAUUGGAACUGGAAUAAGCCAUUCAUUAUUCGAUGGACCAGCUGCAUACGAGUUUCUAAGUGCAUGGGCGACAAAGUCAGCCAUUUUCAAGGACGACAAGGAGCAAUAUGGGGUUGAGUUGCAGAAGCCCGUGCAUGAGAGGGGGAGGCUUUUGAUGGGAAGCGUCCCGAAUCGGUGCUCGGGGAAGCGAUCGGCAGCUGGGUCGGGAGCGGGGGCGGUGGCAAUCGAUCAUUUGUACAAGUUGAUAAUGCAAAGUGCCAUGGGGAAUGAGGAAAUGGAGAAAAAGGAGUAUGGUUGUAGAACACUUCGAGUGAGCAGAGGGAUGAUUGAGACGUUGAAGAAGAAGGCUUUUGGGGAAAAUGGUGGCUUUCCUUGUUCUUCAUUUGAUGUUAUUGCUGCUCAUCUAUGGAAGGCAAGGACCAAGGCUCUGUCUGUAAGCAAAGAAAAGAUGGUGUGCUUACAAUUCGCAGUGGACGCCAGGAACAAGCUGAAGCCUCCUCUGCCCAAAGGCUUCAGCGGCAACUCCUUUGUGCUCGCUUCUGUGGCCUUACCUGCAAAACAAUUAGAGGAAGAAAGCUACAAAACAAUAAUCGAGAUGAUUCGAGACGCCAAGUCUCAGGUCGACGACGACUAUGUCAAUGCAUACCAACUCGGCCUUGAUGGCCCUCAAGCUACACUUCCUCCUCUCAAGGAGCUCACUGUCAUAUCAGAUUGGACCAGAAUGCCAUUCCAUAAGAUUGAGUUCUUACAUGGAGAAGCCGCCUAUGCAUCUCCUUUGAAGCCACCGAUCCUCGACGUCGCUUACUUUCUGCAGAACCCCACAGAUAGCCAAGCGAUCGAUGUUCGGGUCACUUUGCUCUCGCAAACUCUUGAUGCUUUUUCAACCUACUUUUUGACUAGCAUGCAGUAA